CGGUCGUAUACGCCCGCCGGGGCACAGGCGGCAUAUUUAUAUCAUUGCUGCCAGCGGUCGUCUUGAUGGCGGUCGUAUUAUUCGAGUCGUAACUUGUCAGGCUGAGAAAUAUCAGUUUUGUUUUGAUCGCUUUUGGUUGCGCACGUGUAACGAUGAGUAGUCGAAGUAGAAAAAUUGUUGAACUAGCUUUAAAAGAUGGCCAAACGUCAGACGAAUUUGAUCCAUUUUGUUCAAUUGACUCUGAUCUUGACCCCACGUUUUUGCCAUCUAGUGAUGAAGAAAUAUUAUCUAGUUCAGAUUUCUCAGAAUCAGAAAGUUCCGUACAAAAGAAAACUAAUUCUAAACGCAAAUUGCAACCCAGUAAGACUGUCUUAAAGAAAUUGAACCCAGGAAAAAUUAAGUUUCUGGAUCAACCAUGCUGUUCAAAGUCACUUUCAACUGAUGUUUCAUACAAAGAAAUAGAAGCCGCUAACGCCACAACCAUACCAUGUGAACAGUAUGGUAUGGUAUGGUUCAAAAACCAAAGGCAGUAAUUGAAUAUAACGACGGAAAAUCAUCGAUUGAGCUACAAUUCUCCCUUGAGGAAAUCUCUCAAAUGGUACCGUAAACUUGCUAUAGAAUUUAUUUUGGGGACAGCGCUCGUAAAUUCUCAUAUAGUAUACAAUCAGCUUGCUGAUAAAAAAAUGAAAAUUACAGAGUUUCGAGAAGCAAUAGUGAGAUAGAUCCUUUUUGACUUAUGAAGAAACCGAUCAUGAAAAUGAAACAAUGCAAACAUUACCGAAGAAAUCAGCACACAUUCAUAAGUUGCUUAAAAAACAAGGGCAUUUCGACAAAGUUAGGAAGUAUUGUAAAGGUUGCUAUGCAAAAAAGCUUCGAGGAGAAAUAACCAAAAAUUUCGUAAAAAAGGUUGUAACAUAUUGUAGUACAUGCGAAGGCCAGCCUCAUUUGUGUUUGGAAUGUUAUAAUAUGCAUUCAAAGUAGUUAUAUUAUAUGUUUUUGUAGUGUACUACACUUUUUUCUUGAUGUAGUUGUUUCAAUUUGUCAAUUAAAAAUAAAUUAAAAUGAAAAAUGCGGUUUUUGUCAAUAAAUUCUUCAUAAUCCCAAAACUCGCAGUUAUAUGCGAGCCUUGUAAGCCACAGCGGUCGUAUACCGUAUCUAAAGACAUUCUAACUACGACCGCUGGCAGGUAAUGAUCGAAC